AUGGCUAUACCACUGAUGGAAGAAGUGACUAUUGAGGAAACUAUCCUAGACGAAAUCAAGGAGGUACUAAACAGUUAUGCUGACAUAAUGCCAGAGGGCCUACCACAAACAUUACCACCCCGUCGAGGCAUUGAUCACGAAAUUGAACUCCUUCCCGGGGUUAAACCCCCAGCGAAGAACGCAUACCGGAUGGCUCCCACUGAGCUAGCCGAAUUGAGGAAACAACUAGAUGAGUUGUUAACGGCAGGAUUCAUCCGCCCGACAAAAGCACCUUACGGAGCCCCCGUUUUCUACGAAUACUUGGAUCAGUUCGUCAUAGUAUACCUCGACGACAUAGAUGAAUACAGCACAACCCUAGAGGAACACAAGGUACACUUGAAGCUGGUAUCUGACAAGCUGCAGCAGAAUCAGUUGUACGUCAAGAAAGAAAAAUAUGCCUUCGCACAAACAUGCAUCAACUUCCUCGGACAUGUCAUCAGUUAUGGAUAG